AUGGCUUCAGUCGCUACGAACAGAUUGUCAGCAGAAAGCAAGAGGCUCUCAGUGGGAAACAUGUCACAAAGUCGCAAUGCCUCAGGCGCGGCCGCGCAGAAGAUCAAGGUCAAGAACCCCGUUGUCGAGCUCGACGGCGACGAGAUGACUCGUAUCAUCUGGCAGGACAUCAAGGACAAGUUCAUCCUUCCAUACCUCGACAUCGACCUGAAGUACUACGACCUGGGUCUGCCGUACCGUGACGAGACGGACGACCAAGUCACCAUUGAGGCUGCAGAGGCCAUCAAGAAGUAUUCGGUUGGCGUCAAAUGUGCUACCAUCACACCUGACGAGGCCCGAGUCAAGGAAUUCAACCUCAAGAAGAUGUGGCUCUCUCCCAACGGCACCAUCCGUAACAUCCUCGGUGGUACUGUUUUCCGCGAACCCAUUGUGAUCCCACGUAUCCCCCGCCUGGUUCCUGGUUGGGAAGCACCCAUUAUCAUCGGCCGUCACGCCUUUGGUGACCAAUACCGUGCCAAGGACGAAGUCCUCCGCGAAGCCGGUACGCUUGAAAUGGUUUUCACUCCCAAGUCCGGCGGCGAGCCAAAGCGCAUAAAGGUCUUUGACUUCCCUGCCACUGGUGGCGUCGCUCAAACACAGUACAACACGGACGAGUCGAUCCGAGGCUUCGCGCACGCAAGCUUCAAGUUUGCGCUCGACCGCGGAUACCCUCUGUACAUGAGCACCAAGAACACAAUCCUCAAGGCGUAUGACGGUCGCUUCAAGGAUAUCUUCCAGGAGAUCUACGACAAGGAGUACGUCAAGGAGUUCGAGGCGAAGAAGAUCUGGUACGAGCACAGACUGAUCGACGACAUGGUCGCUCAGAUGAUCAAGAGCUCCGGCGGUUUCGUGAUUGCCAUGAAGAACUACGACGGCGACGUCCAGAGUGAUAUUGUCGCGCAGGGCUUCGGGUCUCUAGGCCUGAUGACGAGUCAGCUCAUCACCCCAGACGGAUUGACGUACGAGUCCGAGGCAGCCCACGGCACGGUCACGCGACACUACCGUGAGCACCAGAAGGGCCGCGAGACCAGCACCAACCCGAUCGCCAGUAUCUUUGCAUGGACGCGCGGUCUGGUCAAGCGUGGCACUCUCGACGAGACGCCCGAGCUGGUCACGUGGGCCGAGAGCCUCGAGAAGGCCGUCGUCGACACGGUGAACGAGGACGGCAUCAUGACCAAGGAUCUGGCGUUGGCCUGCGGCAAGAAGGAGCGCGAGGCGUGGGUUACGACCACUCAGUUCAUGGAGGCCAUUGAGCGCCGCUUCAAGAAGGUCUUGGCCAGCCAGGGAUUGCAGAAUUAA